AUGGAGGCUGUUAAGACUCAAGUGCCACAGCGCGGCGGCUCCGCCUGCCGCGAGGCGCUGUCUCCCCCCCGCGCCACGUCUUCUCGAGCUUCGCGGCUGACGCCGCUGGGCGGCGCGGGCGUCGCAACGCUCUGCGUCGUCUCCGUCGGCCUCCUCGCAGGAUCAGUCGCUGCCUACAAGGACUUGCCUCCGCAGUCCGAGUGGGUCUGUCGGCUGGCUGAGCCCGGACAGCGCUGCGCAGACGUGUACCCGAACGAGGGGACCAAGCAGAAGGGGGCGUUUUGCCGCGAACCAGAGUGCUGCGCGAGACUCGCGGUCAGCAACUCAGGUUCGUUCGGCGAUCUCUGCACGUCUGACGCGGGGCAGUGCCGGCAUCGAAAAGAGGAGUUCAGCUACGGAAAGUGCAACUUGAAGACGCAGUGCCACAAAUGCUCGCCAAGCUCCACUUGCCACUACGACGACUCGGACAACGGCGGCGUCUGGUGUCAGUGUCCCGCUAACGGGAAAGGGAACGGCAUCACGUGCGACGUCGACCCCUGCAUUGGCAAUCCGUGCAACAACGGCAUCUGUUCGCCCAAGAAGGACAAGCCUUCGGAGUUCCAGUGCAACUGCUACCCUGGACACACGCUCGUCAAGGACCCGCUCGGCCGCUACCAGGCCUGCGUCGACGUCUGCCGAACGGGCAUCUGCGGCGAAGGCGCGCUCCACUGCCUCAACGGCGAGGCUGAGCACAUGUGCAUCUGCAAAUCCGGCUACAUAAAUCAAUCGCUGAACGGGUACGACACCUGCGUGAAGCCCGACCUAUGCGCCGUCCAGCCGUGCGGGAAGCCCAACGCCGUAUUGGAAUGCACAACUACCUCGACGACAACCUAUGACUGCAAGUGCCAAACAGGAUUCAAAAAACUCCAACGCAACGGAAAUCCGUACUGCGCAGCCUCUGCGUGA